AUGGCCGUAUCCCAAUCAGUCCGUUUUCAUCAGGUCAUGGUCUCGUUUCUAGCCAAGAAUAUUAUUCUGACGUUAACUUUGAUCUCCGCGACUGGAUCUGGAGUCGAGUUCAACCUUGGUGAGUGCUGUUGGUGUCCAUGAGAUGUUCUAUGCAAGCAAUAUUAAUGUAAUCUUGCACUUGUUUUCCUUGUUUAUCCGUUUCUAAACUUCAAGAAAAUUGAAUUGACCCGUGACUGUAAACAAAAUCAUUCUUUCUACAGAAUUUGUAACCUCCACAGAAUGAAAAGAUUAAGAAAUAUAUUUUAGGAAUAAUUCAUGGAAUCGAGGGUUCUAUGGUCUGGCACAAUGUCAGAUAUGCCGUGGAUGAAUGGAACAAGAAUAAUCUGGCUUCCCCCAUUCCCAUCACUCUCAACGUGAUUUAUCCCACAGACUCCUUCGCUUCCGUGGAGGACAGAUUCUGUGAUGUAGUCCAACAUAAUCUGAUCGGCCUUAUCGUCCCUGCAGUCCUCCUGACUUCGGAAGAGAUGACUUUCAUCUUUUCCAUGUGUAAUCGCAUCAAUUUACCUUGUUUAACUACCAGUGAUCUGCUCUUGAAUGACUCCAGUAAGGGUUACUGUAACAAUAAUCAAGUUUAGAUAUCAACAAUUUCGUCCAUUCCGUGGCCCCGUCUUCCGGGACGGUUGGGAAAGCGGCUGCCAAGCUCAUCUCAAGUCUUUCCUGGAACUCUUUUGUUCUGGUUUAUGAGAAACCGGAGAAUCUGAUAGAAGUAACGGCUCUCCUCUCCAUCUAUUACAAUGAACACGGUACUCGCACGUCGAUACGGGUCCUGCAGUUACCUCUGUCAUUGGAUAAUUACGAUGCCUUCCUAAAAUACACAAGGGAACAGCUGAAACAGACGAGUAUUGUAAGAAAGAUGACUAAAUUUAUGUUGUUUUAGGUAGUCCAUUCCCAAAAUAUAGGGAUUGUUCACGAGUUACUGAUCAAGGCCAGCCGACUCAACAUGACAGAGUAUCGAUAUUCUUACUUGUUUACUCAUCCCGUAUGUUUCUGCAUGAAUGUAAUUACAAUUAUUAUAACGAACAUCUUAGGAUCUUGCAUUAUUGGAGGAUUUCCUGAGUACAGACACCCAAAACUAUAGAUGUAAUGUCAGUGGGAUGAGGAUUGUCCAGAAAAGUCCUUUAAUUAAAACAGAUCUCGCACUUUCCCUGGAUUCUGUAUAUUUAUUUGGCCAAGCACUGAAAGAUCUGGCCAGAAGACCCCUCUUACCCAUGCCUACGGCAAUUCUAUGUGAUGCUGAUGAUCUCUGGGCUGACGGUGAGAUCCUAAACGAAGCCAUCAAGAAGGUAGGAUAGAAAAGUUCGACCGUUGACAAUUCAAACUUUCUUGGACAACCUUCCUUUUUUGUCCGAACUUUUAAUUCUUUUUAAAUUACUCUCCACUCCUUAUUACAUACCUACAAUGUUUUCUGCGCCUCUGAGAUUAGUUCUAGUUACAUUGAUGAAGUAAUUUCUCCGAAGAUUGAUAAUUUUUGAUUGAUCGGUCAUUUUUUACUUCUGUUUUUUCACAUAUUUUCUAUUUUUUGAAUUGAGCGAAAGCGCUCUUUUAUUUGUAUUUUAGGAUUAUUUUUAGACAUCUGUAUCCGGAAAGACAACUGGACCCGUAAAACUAAGUCCAAGUGGGAUAACCAGAGACAACGCCACUUUCAUCGGCCUCACAAGGACUGCUGGAAGGUUUAGAGAAGUAAGUCUGGCAAAAAAGUAA